AUAUAAGUUGUGAAUAAUAGUGUGAAUACAAAUAUGAAUAAGAGUAAAUAUAUAAUAAAACAACGGAUUCACAUCCAGCUCCAGCGCCCCCCAAGAUCUACUUAAGAGAUUACUUUUCCACUCUUUCCUUUUCUGUUUUCCUUUUCUUCUUGUAUAUCAGACAGAAUCAAAACUGCUACUGCGAAUAAAAUCAAACAAGUAUCAACAAUUUCAAUAUUUCAACAAUAAAAUUUACUGGAAAGGUUAAUUAAUAUCAAAAUAUCAAAAUUCAACAUCACCAAUACUUCAAAUCACAUCACAUCCAACAAUCUGUCUCACCAACUUACAAAAUUUUAUCAAGACUUACAUUCCCAUCAUGUCACUCCCAGGGCGCAGUAACAGCAUUAGAGAUUCCGAUCACAGAGCUGAGAGGUCGGUGUCAGUAUUAGAGGGGCUCACAGACUUGGGAAUGGGAUUUGAUUCCAUGUCUUUCUUGAUCCGGGAGUCUGCUACUGGGUAUCAGAACCAGGGCCAGAAUCAGCCAGCUGGAGAUUUGGAUGGAGAUUUGGAUGCAAAUAAUGAGCAUGAGCAUGAGCAUGAGCAAAGAGGACGUCUACGAACGAGAUCGCGAGACUUUUCGUCAUCUCCCCACUUCUUAUUACCUCCUAACACGAUCAACAACUCAUCCUUGAACCCAUUCUCCCCAGACCAAAACCCAACCCCAUCGAUCGCCGCUGCCCCCCCUCUUCCCAAUUCUCAAGUUCAACAAGAGCUUACGAAUGGAUCGGUGGGAAUUGAAUCACUACCCACCGAAACACAAAACUCACCAUUUACAAGACAAGUCCUUCGGCCAAUCCCCACAUUCGGACCAGAAAGUUGGAAUGAGUUCGCAUCCGAAGCCAGAGAGUGUAGUACAUCACCUCUUGCGCGAAGUAACGUUACGGAUGCAUUGAUUCGGUUGCAGAGGGAUAUUAGUAGAGUUAGAGAGGAGGUGCAUAGGACUGCGGAGACGAGAUCGGUUUCUCCUUCGAGCGAGACGGGAGGUAUAUGGUUGAUAGAGGGAGAGGAUGAUGGAGAGGAAGCAUGGUCCCCAAGUACUUGGGUAGAUCAUCAUGAUGUUCAGCCCGUCCCAGCGAUAGAAGAAGAGGUUUCUACUCUUCAAACGGAUACACGGGAUAACGAAUCCAAUCCGGAAACUGAUAGUUCGCGAAAUGUAUCGCUCCGUGAGAGACGUGAUAUAUCUCCACAUCCACAUCAACAUUCUAUAUCCGACUUCGUAAAUGAAAUCGCAAUUAUCGUCGAAGCGAGAAAUCGGGCUGCUGCCGAGAGAAUAGAGGAUGAAAUUGCUCGGAUGCAAUGGGCAGCCAGGCCACCAACAUCCAACAGAUCGAUAUUUCCGCACGAAGGAAAUGUUGGAAACGCCUCUAGAAGUACUCCACGGGUUCCAGACCAGAUGAGUAGAGAAUCAAGCAAUGAUAUGAGUGGAACGAUGAACUUUCUUACACGUACACCGCGCCUACAGCCAAGUACCAGUUACGAAAACCUCCGUUUAGAGAGACAACUUGCUGCGCUUCUUCCGUUCGAGACUCAAAAUUAUGGUACAUCUCAAAUGGCAGCUGCACCCCGUGAACAUCUCUCGCAUUCACAAUGGAAUCCCACUGAUUCAGAACCAGAUCCUGAUGCGAAUAUAUCUCCACCAUCUCGAGUUCCCGGCGCGCUUUCUAUGAAUUCCCAGACUAUUGCACCAGACACCGAAACCUCUUCUCCUCAUUCCAUGUCUAGAAGCCAUAUAAGCCACAGAAACCACAGAAGUCCAUCACAUGAACAAAGUAUAUCUCCCACGGCCGAACAACAAUUCGACGCCAUGAGAUUAAACCGCAUACCAUCACGGACGCCCAUUACCGCGCACGACCAUCUAGCAAGUUGGCAAUCCCACCUUGAAAGGUCCACUUGGAGAAAAGAUUUCUGGCUCUCCGAACAAUGGUUGCAUCGACGAGGGAGAUACACAUUAAUCCCUCCCGUUUCAAGCUCCAUUUCCAUCGAGGACGUUAGUGGUACCACUCGCUCUGAUGCGGAAAUUCUUACUGCGUAUUUACUCUCUGCAUCUGAUGGAGUUAAGGAGAUUUUGAGAUUGGUGGUAGAGGAUGGGAUGCCUGUUAGAGAAGCAUGGCAUUACUUAAUACUGUGGCAAGGGUUUAUCUUGGAUUGGCCGGUGAAUAAAUAUCAUGAUGAGCAUGGGUUAGUGCCGAUGGAUCUGGUGAUGAUUAUGCAGGGGUUGGAUAAGGGAUGGGGAGACUGGAAGAUGAGCAGGAAGUGUAGAAGUGAAUGUAGUGAAUAUCUUGUCAAGAGAACUAAUUAUUAUCCCUUCCCUUCCGCGGAAUUUCUAACUGCAGGAGCGAAUCUGGAAGUCGUAACUGCGCAGAGCCUUCGGGAUUAUUUUGGCUCCAGACUCGGUCUUCUUGAUGAGGAAUGGAAUUCCUUAGCAUUAUUGAGAGAUAAAAAUUACUCCACAGCACGCAUACUCCGCCUCGCAACAAAUUUCGCUCUGGCAUGCGUCAAAGUCAAAACUGUGAAGCUCAAGCCGCCAUUCGAUGACUCGGAGAACGCAAAACGUAGGGAAAUCUUCGAAAGACUUAAAGUGGAAGAACUGCUACUUGCAGGUCCGGACGGCGCAUUAACUGUACGGGAAUAUUAAGCACUUUUUGCGGAUGAAAUGAAAUGAGCGUUGAACAUAAAUUGGUAGAGGAUAGGUUGGAGGGAUCUUUGAUGCCGGAGGAACGGAGUUUUGAUUUGUGAGGCGUUUGAUAGAGGGGUCUCGUUGGAGAGAAUUUUAGAGGUGAGAAGCAAGUGGGAGGUGGAAUUGGAUGAGGAGCGGAGUGGGGCUA